UUGUUUCAUUCCUACUGUGAAGACCUUCUCUCUAAAUCAUCUGUCACAGCUACUCAAAGAUUGCUUCAAGUUGAAAUGGAGCUUCUGUGACCUUAGACCCGAUUUUUUAGAUGAUUGAAUCUACGUUGUGCUCACUUGAUUUAGAAUACACUGUCGGUAAUAUUUUACUUUAUUUUUUGUACUAUGUGCUCAAAAUAGUCAAUGCUGAAAUACCAAGAAAUUUAAGGUUGAAGAAAAAAUUUUCUUCUUCUGUUUUAUCUGAGCAAAUCGCUUGAAAGAAUAUUAUUGACGAAGAAAAUGCGUUUGUAUGUUUCUUAGUAGUUUUGUUUCUGUUAUGACUUCUGUUUGAAAAUUUAUUUCUAAAUAUAAUUAUCCGUUAUCGGGCAAUUAAUUUUGUCCUGGGCCAAAGUGUAUAUGGUUGUAUUUGAAUUUUUGAAAUUUAAGUUAGAAUGAAGUAAUAUAUGAAUGGACAUUCAGAACUUCCAAUUUAGAUUACUUUUUUCAGUUUGUACUGUCUAAAACAAAUAAAGUACCGUAAACGUCAGUAAAUGGUAUUAGGGUGUAGACUAUUGAUUUCUUACCUGUGGCUUGAUUUGUCUGACGAUCUUCAUGGUGGAAAAAAUCGAGCCAGAAGAAAAUGAAAGAACUUCUUAUUCUGUAUGGCCAAGAAUUCUCGCAAUGUUUGCUUCCUUUGCUCUUGUUGCAAUAGUAUUCACAGCAGUAGCAUUUCUUAAUGUUACUCCUGUGACUCCAAAAGCUGAUAUGCCGCAUAUUAUAUUCAUUUUAGCUGAUGAUUUGGGAUGGAACGACGUGAGCUUCCACGGAUCUCCUCAAAUCCCCACUCCGAAUAUUGAUGCUUUAGCUGCCAGUGGAAUAGUCCUCAAUAAUUACUAUACCCAUCCCCAAUGCACUCCCUCGAGAGGAGCUUUGAUGUCCGGAAAAUAUGCCAAUCGAUUAGGCUUGCACCAUGGAGAUCUGAGACCUGCAGAAGCUUCUGGUCUGCCUCUGAAUGUUGCUAUUUUGCCCGAAUACUUGAAGAAAUUGGGUUACAACAAUCAUAUGAUAGGGAAGUGGCACCUAGGCUAUCACAAAAAAAGAUACUUACCUACAAGUCGUGGAUUUGAUUCUUUUUUCGGCUUUCUGAACGAUAACAUUGACUUCUACGACUAUACUUCCUUCUAUGAAGAAAAAACGCUUCCAGAAAAGAACAAUGAUAGUUCAGCAGCUGUUGAAGUUGGUGAGAAUUCUAUUAUACCACCAGAGGCAGAAGCAGAGACGUCAGGAAAUAUUAAAAAGUUAUUUGGAAUUGAUCUCAUGGAAAAUGAAGAAGUUAUUAGAGAUUUUAGAGGAGAAUAUGCUACAAAUGUAUUCACAGAUAGAGCUCUUGGUAUCAUCGAGGAACACAAUGUUACGAAGCCUCUUUUUCUCUUUGUAUCACAUGCAGCUUCACACACUGGAAAUAAGUUUUUCCCACUCCAAUCACCACCUGAACUGUAUGAAAGAAACAAUCAUAUUAAAUCAUCGGAUAGAAGAAUUUACGCAGGUAUGAUUACAGCUUUAGAUGAUUCUGUUGGCAAAAUAUUUGAAGCUCUGAAUCAAAAGGACAUGUUGAAAAAAACCGUUAUCGUAAUUAGCUCAGAUAAUGGUGGAGCUGCCCAGCCUGGCUCGGGAUCUAAUUGGCCACUUAGAGGAAGUAAGUUUUCAUUAUGGGAAGGAGGAGUAAGAUCCGUAGGAGUAGUUUGGAGUCCUUUGUUGGGAUUAAAGAGACCGAAAGUUUCUAUGCAGUUGAUGCACAUAACAGACUGGUUGCCAACAUUUUAUUCUGCAGCAGGUGGAGAUGCUGACGAUUUGGGGGAUAUAGAUGGUAAGAACAUGUGGUCACUUUUAAAGGGAGAAAGGCAAAAAUCCCCUAGGGAAGAAGUUCUUCUCAAUAUUGAUCCUAUAUCUGGCAUUGGAGGUCUCAGGAAAGGAGAUAUGAAGAUACUUGUAAGUGAUUUUCCUGUUGAUGGUAGCGACUGGUAUGGACCUACAGGUUUAGAAGAUAGCAACGUUACAAAUUCUUUUGAUGAGUGGAUAUGGAAAAAUGGAAGUCUCGUCAAAGAUAUUUUAAUAGAAAGAGGCCAGUGGUUUCUCACUGAAAAUAAUACGUGGAGACAAGAAGCAGCAAUCAUAUGUGGCGAAAAUUUUUUGCCAGUCUCAGGGAAAUGUGAUUUUGCAUAUGGACCGUGUUUAUACAAUAUUACCGAUGACCCUUGUGAAUAUAAAAACAUCGCCAAUCUUUAUCCUGAUGUCGUAGAAAAUAUGCUGAAUCGCUUACGAGAUUUAAAUGCUACUUCACUGCCAGUUCAAACGAAAGAGCUUGACCCCAUGGGGGAUCCAGUUUGCCACAACUUUGCUCAUGUCCCUUGGAUGGACGAAGAAGCUGUUAACUGCCCGCUUUCUUAAUGAAUAUCUACAUUAAGAAAAAGAAUUUGUUUAAAUUUACUGACAUUUACGAAAGAUCAAAUAUAUUGGAAAUUAAGAUGGUAUCUUCAUUUUAAUGAAAAGAAGUCAUAUUAUUCAUUUAAAAUUAUCUUUUCUCAAA